GUGUUUCUCGCCAACUCCUCUUCUGGGAAGCGAGAGAGAGAGGCGAAGAGGGCGACGAUGGCGGAGGGUUCGAAGUGCGGUCCUUCUCUGCUUCUGCUACUGUUGCUUCUCGGCCUCCUACUUGUAUCUGCAAUUUCCUCCGAUUCGAGGAACGGGGGAGCUUCACGGAGGAGCCUGAGGGAGGCCAAGGCGAACGCGACGAGCGCCGCUGCUCCGGUGGAAGCGAGGGCUGUGGCCGGGACGGCAGAAGCCGCAGUCGAUGAUCCGGAAGAGGUUGCUUCCGCUGUCCAAAUGAUCAUUAGCAACAGCACGGCUCGUCGAUCUCUCGGUUACCUGUCAUGCGGCACGGGCAACCCGAUCGACGACUGCUGGCGGUGCGAUCCGGACUGGCAUCUCAACCGGAAAAGGCUGGCCGACUGUGGGAUUGGCUUCGGCCGCAACGCCCUCGGUGGGCGCGACGGACAGUACUACGUCGUGACGGAUGCCGGGGACGACGAUCCCGUGAAUCCUCGCCCGGGAACGCUUCGGUACGCGGUCAUCCAAGACGAGCCCCUGUGGAUCACCUUCGAGCGCGACAUGGUGAUCACGCUCAAGGAGGAGCUCAUCAUGAACAGCUUCAAGACGGUCGACGGGCGCGGCGCCAACGUCCACAUCGCCAACGGCGCCUGCAUCACCAUCCAGGACAUCACCAACGUCAUCAUCCACGGCCUCCACAUCCACGAUUGCAAGCCCACCGGGAACGCCAUGGUCCGCAGCUCCCCUUCCCACUAUGGAUGGAGGACCAUGGCCGACGGCGAUGGCGUUUCCAUCUUCAGCUCCAGCCACAUCUGGGUCGACCACUGCUCUCUGUCCAACUGCGCCGAUGGGCUCGUUGAUGCCGUCGUGGGCUCCACUGCCAUUACGAUCUCCAACAAUUACUUCACCCACCACAACGAGGUCAUGCUUUUGGGUCACAGUGAUUCUUACGUAAGGGAUAAAUCCAUGCAAGUUACGAUCGCAUUCAACCAUUUUGGCGAGGGACUGAUUCAGAGAAUGCCCAGGUGCAGGCAUGGUUACUUCCAUGUCGUAAACAAUGACUACACACACUGGGAGAUGUAUGCCAUCGGUGGGAGUGCAAAUCCAACCAUCAACAGCCAGGGCAACCGAUACCUCGCCCCGACCGAUCCGUUUGCCAAGGAGGUGACGAAGAGGGUGGACACGGAUGCGAGCGUGUGGAAGAGCUGGAACUGGAGGUCGGAGGGUGACCUACUGCUAAACGGUGCUUACUUCACCCCCUCCGGUGCAGGCGCUUCAGCCAGCUACGCAAGGGCCUCCAGCCUCGGGGCCAAGCCUUCUUCAUUGGUCGCCACAUUGACUUCCAAUGCCGGCGUCCUUUCCUGCCGAGCCGGGGCUCAAUGCUAAUGCAACGCCCAAGCGGCAGAACGCCACCACCGCCAGAAGAACAGAAUUCCCGAUUCUUUAUGCUGCAUCCUCAGCAAUGUCAUUUCCUCCAGAUUGCCCAACCUCCGCCUGCUUCCACCGCAUGCGGAAGUGUUGUCUGUUUCCUCGUUUAUGUUGUUUUGGCUCCUCAUCUAUAUAUAUACUCUCUUCUACU